AUGCCCACCGGUUCGAUCACUCUGGAUUCGCCCAUUCCUCCUCAUCUCGAUCUGGCCGGGGCGCCUUCGCAGCUCUUCCAAGUCCCUCCCUCGCCGUCAGCUUCAUCGGCGCUGUAUCGCUCUAUCGCCGUCCCGCCUCGCAAGAGGGCUCGUCCCAACCUCGACCAACGCUCUUCAUGGCUGCAAAUCGAUGGCGCCUCUAGCCCUACUGUCCCGUCGCUGAUCGGCCCCGACGACCUCCCGCACGGCGCCGAUGGUAUCGUCGACCUCGACUAUCGACCCAGCCGGUAUCGCGAGCCGGCCCAUCCAUUCCCUCUCGAUGCCAGCAUCGACUCUCUCAGCGAGGCCGGCGGUCUUCGUCGCAAACGCAGUCGGCGGGACCCUUCCCUGAUCGCUGCCUCUCCCACCGGCCCGGAUGAAAAGGGUAUUCCUCUGAACGUCACACUGGACCCCUCCGAUGCCGCACCCGUCCGCUGGAGCAAGGCUGUCCUGGGCGUGGUCGGAAAGGUAUGGGAUUUCUGCUGGUCCGGGGCGUUUCGGGGGUUCUACGCCGGCGGCGGUCGCGGAUACAACAUGAGCAGCGAGGAGGAUGCUCUCUCGCCCUCGUUCCCCUCCCCGGCCAGCGAGAAAGAAUCCCUGCCGGCCACUCCCACCGCCCAGUUCCGUCAGCGUCAGCGUCAGCGGGGACCAUCCACGCCUCUCCCCGGCGAGUAUCCCGACGAGGAUGAUCUACAGCGCAGCUGGGUGAUGGUUUCAGCCGGCAAGUCGUCCAGCCCGUCGUCCUCGCUCGCCACCAAUCGCAGCACCACUCCCCGGCGGGUUCCCCGCCGCACGACAACCGCCGCCCACCACGCCUCACGUCGGGGCCGCCCCCACAACAAGCGGGUGCUGACGUCGCAUGCGCCGUCGCUGCCGAGUCAACCCUACUUCUCCUCGCCGGCCAUGCCGCGAGAGAGUCCAGUGUCCGUGGACACGCAGCGCCAUAUGGCGGAGAUGCGUCGCAUGGAACGCGAGGGGAACGCCAGCAUGCGGAGGAUGGAGAAGAAGCUCGAGGCGCUGAUCCGCGAGGGUACCCAGGCGCUGGCUACACGCGUGGAGGUAACCGACUUGGACAUGGAAGAUUAA